AUGUGGUUCCUCUACGGAAAGAUCUCUCUGAUAUCGCUUGCUUUUUACCUCACUUUAUGCGCACGAACUUCGAUUUCGACCCAAGACUGGACCUAUCUUCAUGACUUCGAAGACAAUCGGUGGCAGCGAACCCCUUGCGCUGAACCGGACGGUCCAAGCACCGAGCUUCUCGGCUUGCAUCACUCUCCCCUUGUACCACACCCCAGAGGAUCAAGCAUGGCAUCGGAGAUUCUGAACUACCCCGGGAAUUCUAUGUUGCAGCCAACGCUAACCGGCCAGGAUAUUCACGACUCAUCACAAGCGCCUCCCUCUGUUGACGAACGAUUCUGUCCUGAUUUGCAAGUUGACACGCGGAGGAUCGAUGGCGAGCUAGGCCCAAGAAAACGCAUUAAGCAUAGUCACGGACAUUUGUCUUGGACCCAAGAAACGACAUCUGAUUCAGCGUUGAAGCCAGGCACGUCGCAUGAUCAUGACAACGUGAAGUCAGGCAAGAGACCGAUCCUCUACAAGCAAGGUCACCCCCCUCAAACUUCCCAAACUAUUGGAGACCCACCCACUAGGUCUCGGGGAACAAGGAGUCAAAACAAGAUACCAGUCAUAGAAGAAUACUGUGAAGAAAUGUCGAAGAAACUUCGCGUGACUUUGGUUCAUUCCCCACGAACCCUAUGGCAAACGGUACAUCCAACAUUACCCAUCCUUUCUAGGCUCAGGAAUGGUGAGAAACUGUCCAGGGACAUAAGGAUUGCCAAUGGCGAUGGCACGAAAAACAAACCUCAGGGCGUUGCAAUCAUGCAAUCACUGUAUGAGAGUUUGCUUUGGGAGAUAUAUCAUUCUCACACAACACGGCUCGAUCCGCCACAAGAGCACGUGAUGCAUGUAAGAAAUAUAUUUGGCCGACUGGACCAAGAAAUAUUCCAACCUAAGGACGGUGUUACGCUCAUUGGUAUCAGUGUUGAGGCGGGAGAGUUUUGA